CGAUUGUCGCCAUUGAAAGCCUGUCUCAGUGGCAAAAUGGGGAUGGUAAUGUCAUCAGGUUACCGGGAAUGGAAGGAACCACAUUUGCAUCCUAAUCGUCUGGAGCCCCCUACUUUUGACGCCAAUUAUGGAUUUCCCAAUGGUCGUAAAGAGAGAGAGCCUACUCUUACAUAUGAAGAAAUGGUAGCAUAUAAAAUACCAGAAGAAUUUCGGGAUUACUGCGCCCAUCAUUAUGCUGAAUUACAAAAAUGUUUUCGGAAGCAUAUGCCAUUCGGUUACAGAUGUUCUCAUGAAAAGCACCAUUGGGAUGAUUGCCAGUUUGAUGAAUUUGUGAUUAGGAUGAAAGAAUAUGAACGUGAAAAAAGAUUAUUACAACGGGCUGCAAGAAAGAAAAUUAAUUCACCAACAGACACUGAGACAUUGGAAGACUAGAUAUUGUUUUAAAAGAAUUCAAUUUGUAAAUAUGAAGGCUACAUGUGCACCCUGAAAAGGGUAAUAAAACAAGACAACUUGAAAAAAUAUUAUACAAAGUUGCAGCAUUUGUAUGUUUGAAAUUAAUUAAUAAAAUUUGAUGUAUGUGAAA